ACUCCGGUGAAGAGGAGACUAGAAGUUAACGAUGCAGUAGGAAUUGGGGUGGCUAAGAAUUUUCAUUCCAUAGUUAUUGAAGCGGGGGGAUAUGAGGCAUUAACAUUUGAUGAACAAGAUGUAAGGAAUUAUAUUGAGAAUGCUAGAAGGUUGAGAUUUGGGGUAGGAGGCGCCAAAUUAGUUACACAUUAUUUUCAUAAAAUGCAACAACAAAAUUCAAACUUCUAUUCGGCAAUUGACCUUGAUGAAGAUGGUCGCAUGCACAACUUGUUUUGGGCGGAUGCAAGGAGUAGGGCGGCUUAUAAAGCAUUUGGGAAUGUUAUCUCUUUUGACACAACCUAUUUGACAAACAAAUAUGAUAUGCCGUUUGCUCUGUUUGUAGGAGUUAAUCACCAUGGACAGUUAAUUUUGUUUGGUUGUGGGUUGUUAAGUAAUGAGAACACGGAGACUUUUGUUUGGAUAUUCAAAGAAUGGUUAAGUUGCAUGUCAGAUGCUCCCCCAAAAGCGAUAAUAACUGACCAGUGCAGAGCGAUGCAACAUGCCAUAGAAAUUGUCUUCCCACAGGCUUGGCAUCAUUGGUGUUUAUGGCAUAUUAUGAAGAAAAUUCCUGAGAAAUUGAGAGGAUAUUCGCAAUAUGAGUCCAUAAAGGUUGCUUUCAGCAAUACAGUUUAUGAUUCAUUCACAAAAGAUGAAUUUGAGGAAUACUGGGAAGCAAUGAUUGAAAAUUUCAAUUUGAAUGAUAACGAAUGGUUAGGGGUGUUAUACCGUGAAUGACAUAGGUGGAUUCCUGCCUAUGUUAAAGACAUAUUUUGGGUUGGCAUGUCAACUACACAACGAAGUGAGAGUAUGAAUGCAUUCUUUGAUGGAUAUGUGAACUCCAAGACAACCUUGAAGCAAUUUGUUGAGCAGUAUGACAAUGCGUUGAGAAGUAAGGUAGAGAAGGAGACAAAAGCAGAUUGUAAGUCUUAUAACAAAUUGUAUGAUUGCUUAAUAGUGUAUCGUUUUGAGAAGCAAUUUCGUGCAACUUACACUAAUUCCAAAUUUAAAGAAGUUCAACUAGAAAUAAAGCGUCUAGGGUAUUGUCGUGCAAAUCUUAUCAAAGAGGAUGGAACAAUUUGUACCUAUCAUGUGAGGGUGGGUGUUGUUGUGGAUGAGGGGAUGAAGAAAGUGGAAUUUGUUGUGUACUUUAAUUCAACUGAAUGUGAGCUCCAAUGUAUGUGUCGGUUGUUUUAGUUUAGAGGUAUUAUGUGUGCCCAUUUACUUUGUGUGCUCAUUGAGAGAUCCAUAUAUGAGGUGCCAAAUAAAUACAUCGUUUCGAGAUGGGGAAAAGACUUAGAAAGAGGCUACACAUGCAUUCCAACCACGUAUACUAACUUUGGCUCUUCUCUACAUCCAAAGUUACAUGAUAACUAUCACAACACGUUGGAUAAGAUCCUAGAACUUGCUACCAAUGAUGAUGGUAAACACAAGGUGAUUCAACUUGGGUUGAUGAAAAUCAAGGAUGAAUUGAGAACAGUUCAAUCAAGUAGUGUGAGUAAUGUGCCAUGUACUAGUACUUUACUACCUUCAAGUAGUACUUUACCACUUUCUCAGACUUCACCAAAAAAUUCGCCUCGUAUCAAUACUACAAAAGAAAGCAUGACUCGCAAGGUACUAAGUCCUUUGGUUGCUCGCCGAAGAGGUCGUCCAUGUACGAAACGGAAGGUUACCAAGGUUGAUGCAAUAGUGAAUCGGUUAAAGGGAAAGAAUAAGAAUGCUAAUCCGGUACAGGGUCAAAAGGUGCAUCAAGGUGAACCUCGUAAGUUAAGCUUUCCUUGUACGGGAGGCAUGGAACACACUAUGUAUGAACCGGUGCCGCCAAAUCAACCUUACUAUUAUCCUUCUAUGGAUGCCAUAGCAGACAGUAUGUAUGUACCGGUAUGUGUUGAACGGACUUAAUAUAUUGCACUUUGUUUGUUGUCGCUUGAUAUUGGUGAAUAUGUUUGUGGAAAUUUUUUUUUAAUAAUUACUUUAUUUUUACAAGCACCAAUUAGCACAAUUGGAGACGACAUUGGAAGCAUAUCUCAUACUCAAGCUGGAAUGGUCAACAAUAUUAGCAGUCAAAGUUCGAUAGUACCAUCAAAUUUUGUUGACUUGAACAUCGACGGGGAUCCAUUUUUUUUUUUAUAGUUUCGAAGUGCUAAUUGUAAACUUCAGAUUGUUCACUUGAAUGUCCCAUUUUUUUUGAGUUGAAUGAAUUGAAUGUCCCAUUUUUGAAAGAAUAGAAACCUGUAGGGUGUUGGAUAUUCUUACAAAUGGUUCUUAACAUGUGUUAUGG